UGAGCAGCCAAAGCAAGCAAGUGAUAAAAACAUGUGGUCUUCCAUCCCAAACAUGAUUACCUGCUCUGCCAUCCCUGUGCCUCAUGAAAGCUUCCUCUAACACCUUGAGCUGUACUGCGCUACAAUAUCACUGUAGACUCAUUCAAGCCAAGCUGGAAAAUCUGCACUCUGAACACAUUUCUUUAAAGGCUCAUGACACAUUUUGCAUUCAGCCCCUGAUUUGAGAAUUAUGAUUCUAUCAAAAUGUCAGGAAGUGAUUCGAGACUGUCUCCUCUUUUAUCAACACAUGACCUCAAACUUGCGUGCACUCAGUGCUGUGUCAGGGAGAAGGAAAUUACAUAUACAUUAAAAUCAGUCCAGCACCAGUGCAGUCACAAUGUCCUGCUCUGUAAAGCCAAAAGUGGCAGUAAAUGGAGGCCUGUUUCUAGACGGCCAACAUUUCCAAACCCAAGUCAGUAUAUGGCCUGCUGGCACUUUGUAGAGGGCCGUGGUUGCACGCGGCACAAGAACCGGUGCACCUUUGCCAGAAGUGAUGAGGAAGCUGUGGUGUGGACAUUUGAAAAGCAUCAGGGACUGGAUCACACACUUCUUUGUAACAUCAUAGUUCAGUCUGAGAGAGGGCCCCGUCAGUCUAACACUGCUGAACCUCUGGGUGACAUCUUGGCAGUUGUAGAUUUGAAAGCUGUGUGUGAUCUGUGCUCUGUCAAGGAGAAUGAAACAACAUACACACUUCAGUCAAUUGUGCACAAGUGUGGUAGAACUCUGUUGUUGGCCAAAGGCAAAGGCUCUGACCAAUGGAAACGUGUCUCUGAGCGACGUACAGGUGAACAUAUUGGUCGAAAUGUCCUUUACAAAGUGUGUGAGGACUCGAGAUGCACACAACACACACAAGGUCGAGGAUGCACUUAUGCCAAAAGCUUUGAAGAGGCCACUGUUUGGAACUACAUUAGAGAGAAAAAACUCACUAAGACAGAGUUAAUCAGACUUUUAACUGAGUCAGAGUCUAUUUUGUUAACACCAGAACAUGCAGCUGAAAGCAUACUCCUGCAGUUUUCAGGUGAAUUCACUGAGUUCUGUAAAGACUGCUUUCAGGAACAUCCACAAAAACUAACAAGCAAAAGGUGGAACGACUUUUGUGCAGCAGAUUCAGCACACACCUGGGACCCAGUCUUAGUUUAUCACCUAUCAGAGAACAGCAGGAAACAUGUCUACAGCCAGGUGCGCCCUCUUCCCCCAAACUGUCAGUUUACAUACUGUAGUUAUAUCAUACAAGGCAAGCCCUGCUGGCACACUGCCGGCCAAUGCCACUCCGCCCAGAGUGAGGUGGAGAUGGCCGUGUGGAAAGCGGAGCAUACUGGGCUCCAUGUUCGGCCUCACCUCCUUCGGCUGAGCCGACAGGAGAAUAAACAGCCCGGUAAAGUGACCAUGUACUGUAAAGUUUGCCUCCUGAGCCUUUCUUCCCCAGAGAGCUUCUACAAGCACUGCGCCUCUUUGGAUCAUGCCCAGUUAGUCGCACAGGAUACCACAACCACGUGGAGAGGACGAGAGCCUCCACACAACCGGCGAGAUGAAUUUUGGCUGUGUGAGAGACCUCAAACUUGUGAGUACGGCAGCAAGUGCUCAAAAGCUCACUCUGUGGAAGAGCUGAAGGAAUGGAUGAUGCGUGCUACAGAAGAGAAGGAGAUCAGACAUAACAUCGAAGCCCAGGGGCUCAUGUCCUAUAAUGACAUGCUCUUGAAAGAAUACAAAAACAGCAGUAAUGAAGUGUACAUUAUAUCUGAACAUGUUGACGAUGUUAGCAUCUCUUGUGAUGAAGAUUUAACAGUGGAUUGUAACGAGAUCAGUGCAACUCUAAAAUGGAACUUCCAAAUUGAGACAGAGAGACAGCUUGUGCAUGUGGCGCUGCUAAAGCAGGAACCAGGAGCUUCAUUCACUCUUGGUGAUGCAGAUUCUGAGCCCUGCAUUUACUCAUCGGGUGAACUUUUUCUCAGUGGAGACGGGACCUAUGACAUCACUGUAUCUUUUACAUCCACCAACCCAGGCUUGUACGAACAGUGGUUAGUGCUUGAUUUUGACAUGAGACCAGUGCUCUUGAAGAAACUCAAAGUUAGAGUAGGCCAUGUGUUAUUUGACGACACUGAACAACCAACUGUGAGCAGUGGAGCAAGAUUUCAAUGUGCGGAGCGUUGGCACAGAGGGAACAGGAUCAUCAUCCCCUGUUCGUCCAGGACAGAAGAACAGGAGGAGCUAUUAAAGAAGUACAAGCCUCCGCAGAUUAGUUUUCUGCAUAAACGCUCCCACAACACUCAAACAACGCUGAAUAAUGAAAACUACAGAGAAAGAAUGCACCAUUUCCUGUACGAUGAAGAACAAGCAGAAGAUCAGGUUGUUUCACGACUAAAUGUUUGUGGAGAAAUUACAACACUGGAUAAAUUAAGCAGCUCACAGUUUGGCUAUAAGGAGGCUCCUCAGGGACAGCUGUUAUGUGCUGUGCCAAUUCCUUAUCUUACACAAGACAGACCUGAGGGGCUGGCACUACAACGGAGCGUCCGAUCUGCUCUGAUAGCCCCUUUAACUUCUUGUCGUUCAAACAACAAAGUCUAUGAAGCUAGGAUUCUCCCACACAAAACAAGUGAGAACAAAAUUUUUUUGCAACUGUCGAAACAGUGUUGCUCUGAUCUGGCACUCAAAAGAAAUGAAUCCUAUCAAAUGGAGGUGCAGUUCCAGUUGGACCACUUAAGUUACUGCACAAUGCACAAGGCUGUGGAUCUUCUUCCUGAUACAAAUAUCGUGUUUCCAGUCUUUAAAAACUGUGUAGUUCCUGUUAAUAAUGUCACCUGUGAGAACCUCAACACAAAGCAGCAAUUAGCUGUUGAAUUCAUCACGGGGAAAUCCAUUGUCAAAAAGUUUGUGGCACCACUCCUGAUUUAUGGACCAUUUGGAACUGGGAAAACAUUCACCCUUGCUACAGCAACCAGAGAACUUUGUAAGGACCCUCAGAACAAGGUUCUAAUCUGCACCCACACCAACAGUUCAGCAGAUCUGUAUGUCAGAGAACACUUCCAUCCAUUUAUCAGGAAGAGAAAUGAUAAAAUCAGGCCAAUCAGAAUAAAAGCAAACAAACAAGGGACUGCUUUGGAUGCCACGGAUAACAUUACUUUGAAAUACUGUCUUCUUUCAGAAGAUGGAUAUCAUUUUCUACCACCUACAAAAGCAGCUCUAGACCAGCACAACAUAAUCAUAACUACGACAACAAUGGCAAGACAUUUUCAUGACCUAAAUCUCACAGAGGGAUACUUCACCCACAUUCUAAUUGAUGAAGCCUCUCAGAUGCUAGAAUGUGAAGCCUUGAUGGCCCUUGGUCUUGCUGCGUCAAAAACCAGAGUUGUUUUAGCAGGAGAUCACAUGCAAAUGGGACCCAAACUUUUCUCAGUGGAUGACCAUCACCGUUCAAAUCACACACUCCUCACUCGCUUAUUCCACUACUAUCAAGGUCAAAACUGUGAUGCUGCCAACAGAAGCAGAAUCAUUUUCAAUGAAAACUACCGCUCAACCAAAGAAAUUGUGGAGUUUGUCUCUACCCAUUUUUAUGUUGGUAAAAAUGAUGUCAUCAAAGCUGCUGAAAAUGUUCCAGCUCCCACAAGUUGCCAUGCCCUUAAGUUUCACCAUGUAAGGGGAGAGUGCCUCUUGGAGAAAGUAUCAAUGUCUUGGUAUAACAAAGAAGAAGUUGCUGAAGUCGUUCAAGUAGUUAAAGAUAUUCUUACACACUGGCCAGCAACCUGGGGGCCCAAGGACCAAAGCUCAAUCUGUAUUCUGUCAGAGGGAUUUCAGGUUCCUCGAAUUAGGACAGCACUUUCACGCAGCAACCUUUCAAAGAUCAAUGUUGAGAGACUUGCAAAUGUUCAAGGAAAACAGUUCAGGGCAGUCAUUAUGACAACUGUGCAAACACGCGACAGCCUAAAAUCAUCUCACCUGCCUGGUCUGGAGAUGUUCAGUGAUGCACGUGUUUUGAACACCGCAAUGACAAGGGCUCAAUCCCAGGUGGUUGUAGUUGGAGAUGCUGUUGCCCUUUGUUGCUUUGGGAAAUGUUCAGGAAUCUGGAAGAGUUUCAUACACCACUGCAUCAGCAGCAACAGUGUUGCACCACAGCAUUUCACCAGAGAGUUCUUUGAAAAAGAUGUUACGGAAACUGCAAAGUUUCAGAAGUCUGAACAUGUGGAUGAGAGCCACACUCUAAGUGAUGCAAUUCUGCAAGAGUUGAAAGAUGAAUAUGAACAACAGAAAACAGACUAUAGUUCUGAUGAAGACAGUUUGGAAUUACCUAUCAACUUUCAGAACGAGUCAAGAGCACUAUUCAGUGUCACUAAAACUGAUACAGAUGUGUCACAUCUUUUAAAGAUGUGUAAAACACAUCCAGAGAUCUACAAACAAGGGAAGUUGUUCAGGGAAUCAUAUAGAAAAGGCUACGUUAUACCAUUUCGCAAUCCGGACAAACGAAUAAGCAUCGAGGGACCGGGAAACCUUGGUAAGACGUUUACUGGCGAUGAAGUGGUCCUAGAGAGAGCAAAGGUCAUAAGCAUCACCAAGAAAGAGGAAUCAGCACGUGUAAUUGUGUGCGUGCUUGAGGAUGUGGAUCAUAGCAAAUCACGACAGAAUUCUGAAGACAGAUAUAUCAGAAGGAUGAUGAUACCGAUGAAAAGAUCUGAGCCCAAAAUAUGCAUACGGAUCCCCAAAAAAACACGCAACUUUAUGCCGAUAUGGGAGACAAUUGAUGGAGAAUGGACAGUUACAAGACAUGAACAUAUUGAUGAAAACCUAAAACAAAACAGUGUGUUCAUGGUGCAAGUGAUUUGCUGGAAUGAAAGGUGUUACUCUCCUUUGGGGUACGUCAUAGAUAUUCUUCCAGUUGGCAGAUCUUUGGCUGAUGGACUAAUGAUCCUGAAUGAAGAAUUCAAAGUUGCAUACAAUACAUGCAAAUCAGGCAAGGCCUCUUCCUGGGCAGAUGAAAACAAGGCAAAAAGACAGGACUUACGCAAGUUAAUCACUUUUACUGUGGAUCCUGUGAAAGCAGAAAUCUUGGAUGAUGCUAUCAGUGUCAGGGAACUUGGAGAUCAUUAUGAGCUGGGAGUCCAUAUUGCUGAUGUGGCAAGUUUUGUGAGGCCAGGUGAUGAAUUAGAUUGGGAUGCAGAACAAUGUGGCACUACCUACUUUUGCGCCGGGGAGAAACCCAUUCAUAUGUUCCCUCAAGACUUGAGCACAGACCUGAGUUUGCAGGAAGGUAAAAAUCGUGGGGUGGUCUCAUUGAUGUUCAAAAUAGAUAAAGAUACCAACAAGGUAACAGAAAAGCAUUUUCAGCUUUCGCUAAUCAACUCUGACAAACAGCUGUCAUAUGAAGAGGCAGAAGACAUUAUCUCGAAAAGCUAUAAAGACACCCCUAAAUUUGAUACUAUUGAGGGUUGUGUCACAGUUGCUUAUUGUUUUGCAAAAGCUCAAAGGAAGAUAAGACUUGAGCGGGAUUGGGCUUAUUCUCCAGUUGAUGAUGAUAAACUGCCCGGGAAGCGCAAAGCCCAUCUGAUGAUUGAAGAACUGAGUGUGUUAUUUAACCACCAUGCAUCUGAGACUUUGAUCAGUUGCGAAAAAACAAGGUAUUCCACACCACUUCGCUGUCAAGCAGAACCAGCUCCUGAAAAGUUAGAAGAAUUUAAGGAGAAAUGUGGAGAAUUAAUACCAUUGUCUUUUCAAGUGCGGCACAAAGUAGACCAUGACCAACAAAGCCCAAAGUGUGAAUACUUUCGCAUCCUCACUGAAGUGUGGAAAGAAAUAGUUGAAGCUGUCAGAACAGAUGAUAUAGACAAAAUAGUGGACCUAGUUGCUGCUGAUGACAUCCACCCUCUGCUCAAGCCAGUCACUGAAAAGUUCAGAAGGUGCUCCAGUAAAGCUUACGUCAUUUGUUCAAAUUCAUCUCCUGAGGCAAAAAUAGGGCAUUAUUCUCUAAAGCUAACAUCUUACACAAAAGCCUCCUCACCAAUACGGCGGUACAUGGAUCUCAUCUUGCAAAGACUCUUGCAUUCUGUCAUAAGUAAUACAGAUGUACAGUACACUAAAUCAAAGAUUAAAACUUUGUGCAGUCAAUUUGAGCACAACCUCAAGAAUGCUGCGAUGUAUGAAGAAAAGGCUGAGCAGAUCUCGUAUGCAGUGAGCAUGAAAAAACAAAGUGCUUCAAAGUUAGUCUUUGUUGUUCAUGCAGAUCCUGAAGGAGAUAGUUUUGCAGUAUUGUUUCCUUUUAACAAGAACAUAUUUGUUAGAAGUUUACCAAUUAUGUACAAAGAUCUACAAUUAGAGGACCAGCCACUUUAUGAUGAAGAAAAACAGAGCAUUACUCUUAAAUGGAAAAGACGGAUCUACACAACUGAUGCCAUAAAAAUUCACCAAGAGCUGAAAAUGAUGGCAGAUAGUAGUCCUUGCAUUGACCUUCCAUUGAAAUUAUGGAAAGAUACUGUUGAGGCAAUUGACAAUGGAAAACUGGAUCAUGCAAAGUUUCUCAUAAUGGAUGCUGAUGUGAAGAAACUGGAAAAGCAAAGUCUUUUGCCUCAGUCCUCUGAGAUUAGAGAUUCCCAGACUACCAAGAGCCCAUCUAAGGAGAACGAAAUAACAGAGAUACAAAGUGAGCACUGGGUUGACAUCCAACUCCACUUGCACCAAGGUGACAUCCUAAAGAUCCAAAUGACAUCAGAGAUUAAAAGAGGCUACCUCAUGCCUACUGUUCAGUUGAUGCACAUUAAACCAAAGUUUGAGAUUUGUGUUGACCAUGUACACAGCCCUAUCACAUGCUUCUCCAGAUGGGCAGAUAAUCCUUCAAGGAUUCAUUAUAGUGAUGAAGAGGAGUAUAGAAGGAUCUGGAAACCACUAUGUGAAAUGGAAUCUGCGGCAACUGCAGUGAGUGAAAGUGACAGCAUUAUCAUUGAGAACGUCAAGGUGAAGUUUAACCAAGAGGGGGAAGACAUUCUAACAGGAAGCUUUUUCUUACCACUGGAAUGGAUCCGCGAAUGGGCCAUUGAAAUCAACCUUGCAAAGUGCUUGCUGUGCAUACGGAAAAGAGGUCUGAAACUGGAUUCAAACAUGGAACAUUCUGCACUGGUGGACCCAAGAGAGUUCACAUGGGUGGCCCAUGGUGUCACAAGUGCAGAAGAAAAGAAAAAUGAUGGAACUACAGUGAAGUUCUAUAUUAGACACCUACCUAUGGAGACCGUUCCUGAUUGUGUUUUUCAGAAAAACACUCUUUUCACAGUGGAAAUCAUUCCAAAGCUCCUGCCUGACAUCCGAAAAGAAAAUGCUGUAGGCAACAUUAAGUCUGCAUGUGAUAUUGUCAAGGCUAUAGCUCUUGGGAAACACAUUCAGAGAGAGGUAAAAUCAAGCUUAAAUAUUGUGAGGAAAAGGUUAAAUGGACUGCCAGACCUGAACCUGAGCCAGUUCCAUGCAGUAGAUAAAGCUCUAAAUAAUACCUUCACACUGAUACAAGGACCCCCUGGAACUGGAAAGACAGUAGUAGGUGUUUAUAUCGUAUACUGCUUUUUUGAGUACAACUCUAAAAAUCAAAGGCAAUGGAGUGACCCAAAAGAUAAGGAAAAGAAAGAAGUCAUUCUUUACUGUGGCCCAUCCAACAAGUCUGUUGAUGUUGUAGCAGAGUACUUAAUGAAGUUUAAGGACAGCCUAAGGCCCCUCAGGGUUUACAGCCAACAAGUGGAGAUGCUCGAUUUCCCUUAUCCAGACUGUCAGCUGCAGUUUUCCCACAGGACACUCCGCCAAGAUCGUUCCAAACCAGAGCUCAAGAACAUCACUCUGCAUCACCGCAUGCGUCAGGACCACAACAUUUAUUCCACUCAAAUAAAAGCUUUUGAUGAACGCAUCAAGCUUUCGAUGAAUGAGAAAAGGGGAGCACUGACUUCUGAAGAGGUGAAAAAAUACAAAGACCUUCUCAAUGAGGCUCGGGCAUAUGAACUCCAACAGCAUGACAUCAUACUGUGCACGUGUACACAGUCUUCCACCCCAAGCUUGACUAAGACGAUCACUGCACGUCAGAUUCUAAUUGAUGAGUGUGCUAUGGCCACUGAACCCCAGGCUCUGAUUCCACUAGUAUGCAACAAACCAGAAAAGAUUGUUUUGAUUGGGGACCACAAACAGCUACGACCUAUUGUGAAGAAUGAACAUGUGAGGAAGCUUGGAAUGGCCAAGUCUCUGUUUGAGCGCUACUAUACAAUCCAUAAGAAUAGGGCAAUUAUGCUGGACAUCCAGUACAGAAUGCAUGAGGACAUAUGUGAGUUCCCAUCGAAGGAAUUUUAUGAUGAAAAGCUGAAAACUGAUGUAAAGCGUCCAAACAGUGUCUUUGAAGUUGACCACAAGACAAAGCCCAUUGUUUUUGGUGAUGUCAAAGGAAAGGCCAUAAGACUGGUUGUCAACACCACCAAAGGCAACGAAAACUCCAAAGCAAAUCGUGAAGAGAGAGACAAAGUGACUGACAUUGCUGAAAGGCUAGUGAAAACUGCCAGAAUUGAACCGGAAAGUAUUGUGAUUCUGUCGCCUUAUAAUGCUCAAGUCUCAGAAAUCAAGGAUGAGCUGUCAAAGAGGAAUAUGAAUAAUAUCCAAGUUACCACGAUCACAAAAAGUCAAGGAAGUGAAUGGCGUUACGUCAUUUUGUCUACAGUGUGCUCUCUACCUAGUGAAGAGAUUGAGACAAAUCCAGAAGGAGGCUGGCUGUCCAAACAUGUGGGCUUUGUUGGUGAUCCCAAUCAGAUAAAUGUGGCCAUCACCAGGGCCAAGGAGGGCCUGUGCAUCAUUGGGGACCAAGAAUUGCUCAUGUGCAGUCCAACUUGGAAACAUCUCCUGAGCCACUACAAUAGUCACAGUGCAGUGACAGAUGCAGACAAGAUUUCAGUGCGUUCAGCCAGAUGAUUGCCUCUAUGCUUUCCAAAGUUUGCAGCAGCAGACCGGAGCUCCUGUAGGGAAGAUAUCAGUUUUGCAAAGAAAAAAUCUUUUUGUUUUUCUCCAAUGUUAUUUUUUCAAUGUUUUGUUUUUUCCAGUUUUAUCUUUUUCAGUUUAGAUUUGAAAUGUGUAUUUUAUGCUUGUCCUCUCAAUUACAUUUAUCUUUCUCUUUUGAAAUAUGAAAAAGUAAGAAAUCAAACAACAUUUUGCUACUUAAAUUGCAACCGUUGAAUUUUGUAUCACAGUGGAUGUUUUAACUGUGCACGGGUAGCCGGGGCAGACUUUGGGUCUUGCUGUUUUAAUUGAUUUUUAGGUAUGAGUGAACUGUAUGAACUUUGAAAGUAGUUCCUGAUUACUGAUGAAUGAAUCCUUUUUCUUUUUUUUAAAUGGAAAAGCUUAUUUUAACACUUGAAUAGGCUCACCAUUCAGUGAGCCCUGUUGUUUUUAAGGAAAUAAAAAUAAUACUGUUUUUGGUUAUUUUUUAUAUUGUAUCUUCAGGGAUCAGUUUUGGUUGGAGUUAUUGAACCAAAUUUUUUAUUGUUUGUUUUAUUGUUUUAUCACUUCCUUUUUACAUUUAGAGAUUUUCCAUUUACAGUUGUAUAAGAACAUUGUUGUAUAAGAACAUUGAAAUGUAUUUGUAAAUUUAAAGAUUACAUUUAUUAUGCAUUAAAAAAUACUACUCCAUA